AUGCAAGGAAAACCAGGUCCUGCAGGACGAGAUGGACAAACUGGAAGACGAGGCGAGAAAGGGCCACGAGGACCUGAGGGACCAAUGGGAGAGAAAGGCCCAAUGGGAGAGCCUGGAAUUCAAGGUCUGCCUGGACAAAGAGGUGAUAUGGGACCACCAGGAGAACCCGGUGAUCCGGGAAUGCAAGGUAUAAGAGGACAGAAAGGCGGAGGGUAA